AGCACAUAACCACACCUUUGUGACAUGCUUGAUAGCUCCAUAGUAAAUAUUGAAUUGUUCAUUCUUUGGCUAUAAAUCUAGUUGAAUCAAAUAUUUACCGAUGGAAGUGGACGCCGAAGAUCCGAAAACAGAGGCAGCGCCAGUUAUCAACAUCGCUGGAUUCUCAACCAUUGACGAAUUCGCCAAGGCUGCGAAUCUCGCCGUGGUUGAAGGAUCAAAAUGCACGAAUGCAUUUCCAUCUGGUCCGACGAGGAGUCUGUAUGCUGCAUGUCCUGCAUUCAGUAAAGUCGUUGACUUCCAAUCGAACAAAAUAUUGAAUGCGAUGCAGUAUGUGAUUAAAAAGAAUCACGUCCGCGGUAACAUUCAACGACGGGACAAUGAUGAAAAAUUUGAAUUGCUUUUGGAAUGCAACGACAUUAUGUUGGAACGGAUCAAUACAAAUCUGGACGAGCUGGCUGGCAUUCAAAAGAAACCAGUUACCGAAUUGUUACAGUCUGAUUUGCAUAGCGUUUCACCACUGACAUCGGCGGCAGUAAGUGGCAGUUGGAAUGAAAAUAAGCGAAGCAGUGCGGGAAGAUCCAAAGAACCACGACUCCUUGCCGCCAGAAACAUUCAACGUCCGCAAGUCACUUUCAAAACACCCGUCGACAACAGCAAUAAAACACCAUUCGAGCCGAGAAUCAAGUAUAAACCGCAUUCAAUAAAACCGUUGGCCGUUCUGCCGGAAUACGAUGCUGACGGCGCAAUCGAAGGCUAUCUUCAUCCGUACGAAACAGAACUGAAUAAAUUUGAAGUUCCACCAUCUCUUCUGAAACAGAAGACUCCCGAUAAGCCGAAGCGACUCGAAGACACUCCCUUGGUGUACGUUGACAAUGUGCAACAACUCAAGCAAAUGAUGGAAACUGAUUUCGUUGGCGUCAGCGAAUUGGCAGUGGAUUUGGAGCAUCACUCGUACAGAACAUUUCAAGGAUUCACAUGUCUCCUCCAAAUAUCGACACGAGAGAAAGACUACAUCAUCGACACUUUAUCGCUUCGCGACGAACUUCAUGUUUUGAACGAAGUUUUCACCGAUCCGAAAGUGUUGAAAGUGUUUCAUGGUGCCGAUUCGGACGUGGAAUGGUUGCAAAGAGAUUUAUCGAUUUAUGUGGUCAAUAUGUUCGACACUCAUCAAGCUGCAAAACGUUUAGGUCUAGCUCGGCUGUCGUUGGCCUUUUUGAUAAAGCAUUACUGUGACCUGGAAUUAGACAAAACAUUUCAACUGGCUGAUUGGAGAAUCAGACCGCUACCAGAAGAGCUGAUACUGUAUGCCCGUCUGGAUACGCAUUACUUACUCUACGUUUGGGAUUCGAUGAAAAUGGAUCUACUGAAGUUAGCUAAUGAACGGACCAAUUUGUUAGAGAGUGUCUUCCAAAGCAGCACCAACAUAUGCAAGAAACGGUACAUAAAACCACGAAUCCAAGGCGACUCUUACAUGGACUUCUAUCGCAAAACCGGACGAGUGUUUGACAAUCGCCAGUUGUUUGCGCUGGGUGCCAUAUUUGAGUGGCGUGAUAAGACCGCUCGCCAGGAAGAUGAAAGCUAUGCUUAUGUUUUACCCAAUCAUAUGAUGUUAACGAUUGCUGAAGCACUACCUCGUGAAAUGCAAGGUGUGUUGGCUUGCUGUAAUCCUAUUCCACCGUUGGUUAAACAGAACCUUCAACUUUUACAUCAAUACAUUUUAAAGGCCAGGGAUCAACCAUUGAUUAAGCCGCCCGUUGAAGAGCAGCAAACGAACAGAACCACCAAGAACACAGAAAUAAAUUCCAUAUUCUGUCCGCAUGAUCUCUCAUUCCACAAAGAGUUUCGGGACGAUUUGCCAACGCUGUUAAACGGUCAGGACAACAACGAAGGACUAUCCUCGAAAUUGAAUGUGUCCGAGAAAUCGUCACUCAGCGUCUUUGAUACACCGGAGAAUUCAGAUGAUGAGACAACGAAAGAGAAAUUGAAUCGAUUGAAGAAAAUCAAAUUUGUGAGUCCGUACGCUCGUUAUUUGGCCAUAUUACCAAUUGCAGAGCAGCAACGUCUGGAAGAGUUGAAGAAGCAACAAGAAGCGAAUAAAUUGAAACGAUUGUGCCCAGAACGGACGGAAAGCAUGGAAGAUUACGUUGUUAUUAAAGAGGAACGUAUUGUGGAUCCAACCGGUGAAUACGGUGAUAAUCUUCCGUUGAAAGAUUACGGUAAACGUAAGCCUAACGAUGCUGUAGAAAGUGUUCAACAACCGGCAUCAAAGCGAAUGAAAUGUGAACCGACAUCAAGCGAACAGUUAAAUUCAACGGCAGAAAACGGGGAAGAAUCGAAAAAUCGAAAGAAAAAGAAGAAAAAGAAAAAUGGUCCACAACAGUCAACAGUGGAUUCCAAUAAGUCCGGCAAUGCUCAACAAUUUGAUUACGGUCAGGUUGACUUCAAGAAAUUCAAAGGUGGAUCACAACAAGCAAAACGGAAUGUUAAUGAGGUGCACACGAAAUUUCACGGGAAGAACAAACACCACGCUAACAAUAAGAAAUUCAACAAAUUGUUUACGUUCAGCGGCUCGCAAGGUAAAGGACAUAAAAAGAAGUAGAAUGAAAUGCUUCAACAGAAAAACUGCAAUUCGUCAAUGAAAUAAA